AUGAUUACAAUAGUGAUAUCAUCAACAAUUCUUUAUCACAUUCCACCUCAUCGGACACCUCAAAUUUGCUGCGACAAAGCAGCCAGGAAUUCCCACACGGAAUUACUAACCCUGUAUUAUAUGAAAGUGUUUCCACCUUCCAUUGAUGAACUGAUCAUGACAACCACCCCGCCAGAAACUGUGACCGACUUUCAUGACUACGAAGUAAAUGAGAUAGAUCCAGAUAGCCAAGGUAUCUAUGAGCCUGCAGGAGUGUUCAUACCUCCUCCAGAUUAUGAGGAAGAAGAGAAAACCUUGAACUUUAACUCCGAAGAUACAGACCAUAGUGAUGGUGCAGAAGAUGAAAAGCGCAAGCCGACAAAGCCAAAAGUUCCAGUGAAAGUCUAUGAAGGUGCAGAUCUUUCUCACUAUCUGAGUGAAGAUGAAGUAGAACAGGAACAAGUCCUUCGAAAUGAUUCCAAAGCCAAGAACACUUUAGGCAAGAAGUCCAAAUCAGCAACCCAGAAACCUAAAAAUUUAUUUAAACAGAACACAUCCAAUAAGAAUAAGCGAAAGAGUAUAGGAAAUGUUCCCACUACGAACAGCGUUCGCAGCUUUAGCUACGCAGAUUCCAAAUUUGGAACCAAAGGCAAAACCAUCACCAAGUCUUUGUCUGCUUCCAACUUAACGGAUGAGAGCGAGAUAUUUCUCAGUGUCAAUUCUGAACAAAGCUCAUACGAAUCUUUCCUGAGGUCCCGCCAUGGCGACCAUGUGCCUUACGAAUCAAACAAUGGCAUCGAUGGCGGUACUGAGGGAGACUCAGGCCCAAGUCUCAGAUACAAGGAUGACACCGUUUGGAAGAAGCUGACAAUGAGGCUGAGGCACAGAGUCAGCAAAAGUCUGGGAUCCAAAGACCAGUGA